AUGUUGUCCAUCAAUCAAGUUGUUCCAUUUAUUCAAAAUAGAUUCGAAGCUUUACCGGCUGGUUAUUUACCUAAAUGGUUAUUGUUCAUCUCUGUAGUGUCUAUAUUUAACUCAAUUCAAACAUACAUCUCUGGUUUAAAAUUGACCCGUAAAGUUUAUUCUAAAAAGCCACAAGAAAUCACUAAAUUGAGUGCUAGAACUUUUGGUACAUGGACCUUCAUCUCCUGUGUUAUCAGAUUAUACGGUGCAUUGUAUUUAAACGAGCCUCAUAUUUAUCAACUAACUAUGAUCUCUUAUGCUGUCGCCUUAUUCCAUUUUGCUUCUGAAUUACUAGUAUAUGGAACCUGUAGAUUUGAUGCAGGUUUUAUUAGUCCAUUAAUUGUAGCUAGUACUUCCUUAAUUUGGAUGUACAACCAAGUUGAAUACUACACUGGUUUAUCCUGGAGCUUCUAA